AGGUCGCUGAUUCCGCCACCGAACUUCGGCGCCACCAAGGAUGGUAACCUAUAUCGAAGCGCUUUCCCUCAGGACCGCAACAUCGAUUUCCUGAGAUCACUGAAAUUCCGGAAUGUUCUCUGCCUGGUUGACACGGAGCCUUCAGAGGCCUACAGUCGCUGGAUUGGCGAUGACGGCAUCAAGCGCCUCCGUGUCGACAUUGCACCCAACAAAGAUGGCAGAGUCAGCACAACAUGGGACUCACUUUGCGCAGCGCUACUCCUCGUCAUGGACAGCGCCAACUACCCAAUGUACAUCCACUGCAACCAGGGCAGGCACCGGACCGGCUGCGUCCUUGCAUGUCUCCGCAAGAUACAGCGCUGGCCUAUUGAGGACAUUCUUGCCGAGUACGAAGCGUACGCCAACCCAAAGGUACGCACUGGCGACGUCGACCUGAUCCGCGCCUUCGAUCCAGAAGCGGUCUUC